UCAAGUGAAACAACAGAGGAGCAAAACUCUCUCGAGAAUAUCGGCUGCUCUCUCUCUCUCUAAAAAUUAACUCAGGUUUUCAUCUAAAAUUUCAUCCAAAUCAAAACCCCACAAAACAAAAUGUGAAUCUCAUUUGUCAGGAAUACCAAAAAAUCACACAGAAAGAAUCAUUUGAAGCGUAUCUGGUGUUGUUGUUGUCGAUUCUCGGUCUUGACAGAAUCUCAGCUAUCUCUUUUCCUAGAUAAUGAUGGAUAAAAGUUGAUUGAAUAUAAAGAAUAGAGUCGACCAAAGGUAUAGAGAUGGAGUAGACAACUUUCUUAAUUGGGCAUUCAGUCAACCAACUGUGAACACUACGAUUCAGUGUCCUUGUAAAGGGUGUAUGAAUACCGCGUUCAAGCUAAGGGUUGGUGUAAGAGGAGAUUUAUUGAGGAAGGGUUUCUAGGAUUCUUAUAAAAUGUGGGACUUGCAUGGAGAAGUGUUAGUUAGAGUUGACACUUCUAAUACUGCAGUUAGUGAUGAAGCAGAAGAUGAUAGCAUUGAAGAGGAUAAUAUUACUGAAAUGAUUCACGAUGCUUUUGGAUAUACGAAUAUGGAGGAUAAUAAUAGUAAUAAUUCAGUGGACAAUGAAGAGCCAAAUGUACAUGCAACAAAGUUCUACAAAUUGUUAGAAGAUGUUGAGACAGAACUUUAUCCUGGUUGUAAAAAAGUCUCGAAGUUGUCUUUUGUUGUUAAACUACUUCACUUGAAGUGUCUUAACCAUUGGAGCAAUAAAUCGAUGGAUGCAUUGUUGAGCUUCUUUAAAGAGUUCUUCCCGAGGGGUCAUUUGUGCCAAAUUCUUUCUGUGAAGCAAAGAAAGUUCUUUGUGACCUCGGCUUGGGGUACACCAAAAUAGAUGCAUGUCGGAAUGAUUGUAUUUUAUAUUGGCGUGCUUAUGCUGAUGUCCAAGCAUGUCAUAAGUGUGGUAAGUCUAGAUGGAAGUAUGAAGAACACGGAGGCAAGAAAGUAGCUCAUAAAAUCUUGCGGCAUUUUCCAAUCAAACCAAGGCUUCAAACAUUGUACAUGGCAAGAGAAACUGCUAAAAAGAUGAGGUGGCACAACGAGGAAAAUAUUGAUGAUGGUGUCGUGCGACAUUCGUCUGACUCAGUAGCAUGGAAAUCCUUUGAUGCACAACAUCCCACCUUUUCAGCUGAGUUAAGAAAUAUUCGAUUAGGUUUGGCGAGUGACGGGUUCCAACCUUAUGGGAACAUGAGUUCUAAUCAUAGUAUUUGGCCAGUCGUACUAGCUACGUAUAACUUGCCACCAUGGGAUUGCAUGAAAAAUCCAUAUUUCAUGAUGACACUUCUUAUUCCAGGCCCCAAGUGUCCAGGCAAUGAUAUCGAUGUAUAUUUACAACCAAUGGUUGAAGAGUUGAAAGAAUUAUGGGACGGGGUGGAGACUUAUGAUGCGCACUCAAAAUCUAAUUUUCUGAUGCGUGUGGCUAUCAUGUGGACGAUCAAUGACUUUCCUGCAUAUGGGAAUCUUUCAGGAUGGUCAACCAAAGGCAAGCUUGCAUGUCCUUGUUGUCAUAAAGAUAUACAAUCAACUUCCUUGCGUAGUAAGUUGUGUUAUAUGGGUCAUCAUCGCUUCCUUCCCAUGGACCAUCCAUGGCGAAGAAGUAGGACGUUAUUUGAUGGGAAAGUUGAAAUGGGAGUUGCACCUAACCCUUUAACCGGUGAUGAAGUACUUGUGCAAUUACAAGCUUUGGGUAAUGUGGCUUUUGGUAAAGGACAAAAGAGAAAGCGUGAUGUUCAUAAAAAUGCUUACAACUGGAAGAAGAAAAGUAUCUUUUUCCAAUUGCCUUAUUGGAAGAGUCUUAUGUUACGACAUAACCUUGAUGUGAUACACAUCAAAAGAAAUGUGUCUGACAAUAUUAUAUCAACUGUCAUGAAUAUGGUUGGAAAGACAAAAAACACAUUGAAAAGUAGAUAUGACUUGAUGGACCUUGGAAUCAGACAAAGGUUGCAUCCAAUUGAGGAUGGGAACAAUAUUUUGUUACCGGCAGCGUGCUAUGCAUUGUCCCCGGAAGAGAAGCUGAAGGUAUGCAGUUUCUUAGCUAAUCUGAAGGUUCCUGAUGCCUUUUCCUCAAACAUUUCAAGGAUAAAUUUGAAGUUUACAAUGGGCUGCAAGAGCAUAGGUUUCAAGCCUUUGUAAUUAGCACUAUGCAAAGGCUUUUCAGAGCAUGGAAAGCUCGACUCAGCAGGUUGUAAUCUAAGUACAAUACUAAUGAAGAAAGAUUGUCUCAUCGACCUGAAGAUGUUGAGCUUGAGGACUGGAAAUACCUAAUACAAUACUUUGGAAGUCGGGAUUUUAAGGUUGUAAGUGAGAGGAACAAAAGAAAUAGAGAAAAAGAAAUCCUAUUACUGGAGAAAUAGACACACCAGAUAAAGUUUGGGAGAUCCAACAUACACGGAAGGAUGAUAAAGGAGAAUUGGUGUGGGUGGAUCCACAAUUCCAACAAAUUCACGGUCAACUCCAAGAAGUUGUCACUCAGCAACAAUCUGAAGAGAUCGAGCAUCCUAUGACUAGAGAUGAGAUUUUAUCCACCGUUCUUGGUGAGAGAACAGGUUAUGUUCGCGGAAAAGGAUACGGAAAGAAGCCUCCUAAAAAGAGUAACAUGCAACAGGCAAGCAUAGAGUCCAGUGUGUCUUCCGCUAUGGAAAUUAUGCGUCAAAAGAUGCAAGCCGAGAUGGAUAGAAAGUUGCAAGAAGAACGUGAACAAAUGGCUGCUCAGUUGCAAAGAAAUAUGGAACUUGAGUUGCAAAGGAAGUUGGCAGAGGAGCGUGAACACUCAAGUGUAGAAGUAGACAAGAGGAUCCAUCUAGAAGUGGACAAGAGGAUGCAUGAACAAUUUUCUAGUUUGAUGACCAGAAUGCUACAACAGGUACUUGCUCCGCUGCUUCUUAACAAUUCUUCUUCCUUCUCGGCAUUUCUUCUUCCUUCAUUCGGGACAAUUCAUCUGUCACUUGCUCCCUAUCUUCUUGUCAACUUCUCCUUCUUUAACUUUCAUCCUCUUGAUAAUAGACUAUUGGGCUGUUUUUUGUUUAUGUGAAAUCCAGAUUUUUGCAAACCUUGGGCUUCAGGGGCUUAGUUGAUAAUAGACUAUUGGGAUGUUUUUAGUUUAUAAGAAAUCUGAAUUUUGCAAACCUUAGUUUAUGUGAAAUAUGUACCAUAGCUGCUUCAGGGGCUGCUGCUGCGGUUUCUUUGCAAACCUUAGUUGUGUGGGCUACUGCUGCUGCUGUUUAGUUGGUACUUGUGUGGUUUCUCCUGGUGUUGAUUCAUGACUAAGAGGCCAGUAGAAGGAUGUAAAUGGAAUUGAGAGAGUGGACAAGAUGCCAAUGAAGCAUAAGUUUGUCCUGAAUAUGAAACCAAUAACUCUUUUUAGAUAAAAAGAAGUAGAGGAAUAGACUUAGUCCCUUAAGUAUUGUUAUCAUUGAAAUUUUCCAAAUUCACUGUUAUUCCUCAAUUGACUGGUUAGAUGAUGGCUGGUGAAUGGUAAUAAAAUUGCAUUCUCUUUUUGUGUGAUAAAAUGUAUUGUCCAAAAAUAAUUUCUUAUUGUUACAAAGGAACUAAAAAACUAUUAGUACUACCUAAAUGGUUGUUUCUUUAGAAAAAAAUGAAUGAAGAACAAUGAAGAAGCAGUUAGCUUUCCCUCAUAUUGAUCCUUAUUAAACCUUUGGGCAAACUUAGAGUAAACUGGGAAUCAGCUGAGAUCCUUUUGCUAUCCUUGAAGUUUUUCUAUGCAUGUUUUUUGAUAUAAAAAUAUCAUUA